CUACCACAUUCUAUCGUCUCACCCUCAUUGCAUGCUCAUGGCCGCCGCCCCACAACCGUCCGGAAAGCCGUCGACGCCGCCGCCAGCGUACUCAGACUACUCAGGCUACGAGUACCAGCAGCACCUAUCAGCGACUCAGGCUCAGACGUGGAACCCAGCGAGCAGCGCUCAGAGUCCUGUUGGUGUCGCGGUCCCGCUUCCCUUUCCCGCGCACACCGGGUACGGCCCUACACCCAUUCCCCAGCAGACGCAGCUGCUACCGUACUACGACCUGCGGUCGCCAUAUGCAGUCGCGGAGGCGAACCGGAGGGCGAGGUGGCGGUUUAUCGAGGCGGCGCUGUGGGCGCUGGUGGUUCUGAGCGCGGUGAGCUUCGUCAUGGGCUGGGAGGUGGAGCAAGCGUUGGCUGGGGGAGGGCUUCAUCGUAGGAGUGGGGUAUGGGCGAGCCAGUAGGAGUUCGUUUGGUGGGCUUCUACGGGAUCGACUUUGCCAUGGAGCGUCCGUGGCGUUACCGAAGGCGCAUACAUCUCGCAUUGUCUUCCAUGGCUACUGUAGCUGCCCUGGGAGGCAUCGUGCGGAAGCCACUUGUCGUUUUGUGCGCGUUUCGUGCUUUGCUGACACUCCGCUAUCGCAUGCUAUGAUAGACACCUCCGUACCGGAAUAAUGGAUCAAAUGCUAUCUGUACGCUAGAUACUUUCCGCUCGAGUUUGCCGACGACGAUGCCGUCUGAAAUAGGAUAUGGAGGAGCUCUUAUUGGUAGUCGUGGUAUAUAGUUUGGGAACAUAUGGACAGAUGUGCAUGGUUGGCGGUCAGAAUACAAGGGUGCUGAGUUUAAUGGAACGUGCAAGGUCAAGACGUGGGGGAGAAAGAAAGAAAUGUGGGACGUAUCGGCGGGUAAUAAUUAAUAUCACUGUGAAG